CAUGUCUCGGUUGGUGGAUGCAUGUCGACCAUUUUCGAUGAUAGUUUCCAUUUGAUGGCCCUCCAUUAUCACCACACCAACAGCCCUUUCUUCUUUCCCGCAAUUCACGCUCCUUUUAUCAAAUCACAAUACCCAUUAACCUUUUCCUUCUUAUAACCAUUUCUGUUCCUUUCUCUCUCAUGAAAUCACGUCUCUUUUCAUCCAGGAUCUUUCAGAAGUACUUGCCUUGGAAUUAAUUAAUUAGCAAUAUAUAUUAUUAUAUGGCAACAAAAGCAAAGGAUAGUAAUGGGACUCCUAAGAAGGAGAAGAAGGUCACACUCUCUUCAAAUUCUCAUCACCCCACUACCCACAAGCAAUCAAAUCUCAAAUCAGCCACCGCGAGCUCCACUGCUAAAGACAAAUCAUGCAACUCAGCUCCAAACUAUCUCAGGCCUACAUUUAGCUCAAAGUCAGAGUCCUUAAAUCCUGUCAGGAAAACUAUCAAUGAAGAUGCCGCCCAAAAGCUUCUUAGAAGAAGAUCCUUUGACAGGCCACCAUCAGCUGCUCGUACGCAGAAGUCACUCAUCUCUCCUGACCCUAAAGAGAGAUUGGCUUCUCGGGAUAGACAAUUGCCAAAUCGAUCUUCCUCUUUUACGGCAUCAAAAACUCCCUCUUCAACUAAACCCGUUUUGGAAAGGAGUUCUAGGUCGUUUAAACCUGUAAAAUCUCAGCCAUCGGCUGCAGGGAACGUAAAGAAGAGCUCAAACUUAUCCAGGACUUCAAAUCUAUCCAAGACUGGAAGCAAUGCUUCUCGUUCACCGAAAGUUCAAAAUAGUCGUGGUAGCACUCAAACUUCGGAUCUUAAAAACGAGCAAAAAAGAUGUGAAGAAUCUACGGUUCAAGAACAUGAAGAGACAGCGAAUGUUGAGAGGGUGGUAGAAGUCCCUAGCGAUACGCCAAAGGCUGAAACUAAGGAAGACAAAGACGUUGUACAAGAUACACAAGUUAACGAUAGGGAAGAUGAGAAGGUCAAGUCUCCUGCAGUUUCCACAGUUGUAUCCAAGGCAGCUCAGGUUGAGGACGUUGAGCCUGAAUUUCAAGAAGAUGAGAAUAAACAUGAGGGAGAAAAAAAUCACAGAAGCGAUAGUCAUCCUGAAGAGGGUAUUGCAGAUGGUGCUAAAGUUGAGAGCGAUGAAGACAAAGGAGAAGAAGAAGAGGAUGAAAUUGUAAAGGUAGCUUGUACUUCUGAAGAACCUAUAGAUGAGAAGGAGGAAGAAAAAACAGACCAAGGCAAUGAAAAUGAAAGAAGCGAGGAGUUGAAGUCCAAGGAAGGAGAAGAAGUGGAGGAGGGUGUUGAAGGAGAAGGAAAUGAGGAGGUCGCUAAUGCAACGCAAAAGCAGCAAGGAGAACAAGGGAAGAAGGAAGCUCCAGCAGCUUACAAUGACGUGAUUGAGGAGACAAAGAACAAGCUACUUGAGAAGAGGAAGAACAAGGUGAAAGCAUUAGUUGGGGCAUUUGAGACCGUCAUAGAUUACGAAACUGCAGGCUCUAAUAAAUGAGAAAACAUUAUGUUUCGAUCAAAUUGAAGCCUUCCAUGGACGAUCUUUGAGGACGACGGCUUUGUAAUUAAUUCAUUCAAUGGUUUUAUUAAUUUUUCCUUCGAUUUCGUGGAUACUCUGUUCUAUUAACACUUCAUCAAAGCAUGAUAUUGUGCUGCGCUGAUAUGUAUGUAUAUAUAUAAACACAUUUCUCUGUCUUCUACGUUCUUUAUGUGAAUAUAUG